AUGAAGAGAAAUAUUCGACACUGGAACGCUACUCAAGCCUUACGUGAUGCCCAAGAAAAUUCUGGCACAAAUAAUAGUAGUACGAGUAGUAGUAACAGCACUAAUUCCAAUAACAAUAAUAAUGACACGCAAAGAAAGUCGAGUAACAGUGGUCGGACAACACCGACCGGUGGUACCACACGAAGUGGUUAUACACCCACCUCGAACAUGAACGAGGCACUGGACGAGAAACAGUAUGGCGAGAUGGAAAGCGCAUUGAGACUAUAUGAGGAUGAUCACUAUAUUCACGCCUUCUUCAUUCCGAAUUAUGAAGAGCCUGAACCUCUAUUGAGGGAUACGAUCAAAAGACUAGCACAACACAGGAAUUCAUCUACCACCUAUGUAAUUGUGCUUGCGAUGGAAGCAUCUGAAGCAAAUCAUGCUGAAAAGGCGACAAAUUUAAAGAAUACAUUUGAAGGAAGCUUUCGAGAAUUCAUAAUCACGGUACAUCCGAAAGAUGUACCUGGCGAAAGCAGAGGCAAGGGAAGUAAUGUGGCUUAUGCUGCACGAAUUGCUUGCGCCGAGCUGGUACGAAAGGGAUUUGAUAAACGAAAUGUCGUGUUCACAAUAACGGACUCUGAUUCAGCCAUACCUGAACUUUACAUCCGUCAUGUGGAAAGAGCACUCACCGAAUCUGAUGAUCCAUAUGCGACUAUUUGUUCGCCACCCAUCUUCUUUUCGAGAAAUGCAUUGGAUGUCCCUGCUGCUGUGCGGGUUCUUGCAGAGAAAGUUGGAUUUUGGGAUACUGAUCAGGAUGCAGUUGGAGAAGAUUUACACAUGUGGCUGAAAUGUUUCUUUAAAACUGGUGGAGCAGCAAGGACAGCACCAAUCUUUGUUCCAAUUAAUCUCACGAAUGUACAAACAACUGGCUACGUAUCAAAUCUACAUGCACGUUAUGUACAGGCAAAACGACAUUAUAAUGGGGUUGCCGAUGUGGCGUACUCAUUGAAAUCAGCAUUUAGAUAUGGAGAAAAUCAACAAUCAUAUGACACACAACCGUUAUUAUUAUCACCUACAUCACCCACAUUUAAUCACGACAUAACCACAAAUAACAAUAAUAACUUUGAGAAUAUGAACAGUAAUCAUAAUAACAUGAAUAGUAGUAACAGUAGUUAUCGACCCUCUUCAUGUCUCAUGUCAUGCUCAAUAUUUGACAAACUUGUGGUUGUCUUUCAUGUACUAGAGGCACAUAUGAUCCCGGCGACAUCGGGCUGGCUCAUGUUUGCUGCGGUACCAGUAACUCAAUUCCUAUUGAUAUCAACCUAUUCACCACUCUCCUUUUAUUAUCCGACAUUUCAGAAUCCAAUCGACACCUCAGAAUUCUACGCAUUCAUGUUCUCAUUAGUGCAAGUGAUUGGAUUAUUAUUACCGGUGCCGUUAUUACUGAUGACGGUCCUCUAUGAAGGGUUGCAUCGUACAGUGGAUGCUGAACUAUUUAAAAAGGAUCCCAAGGAAGGUAGAACAUGGAAAAACAUUACUGACUAUGCCUGGCUCCCCGUGAGCGCAUGGUUAUUCAUGACUUUACCUAGUACUUUGGCUUGUAUGAAACGACUGAAAAGAGGUGAAGAGAAAUAUGUGGUGGCUGAAAAACUUUUCUCUGAAAAUUUAACACACUAG